AUGGCCGACAUACCCGCUCUCAGAAGCACUUUGUUUGCGUUGCAAAACUCGAUUGCUACAGAUGAAGCGAAGGUGGUUAUGUAUUACGACCUGGCGGAAGAAGCUCUCCCUGUGCUGGCACAACUUUUGGAAUGGCGAAAGAGCUGGGAUGCCUUGUCUGAAGGCCAUAUUGUCAGUAUCUCCGCAGACGAAGAGCGAUCAGGGGACUGUACGUUGCACUACACCAGUCUCUACGCAGCAAACUGUUGCUCAUUGUACGAUGCUUCUUUGAUAUUGGUACUGGAAACCAUUCUCUUGUCUGCUCAGCCUGGACAAUUGCAACCUGGAGUCGCAGCGACUUUAUACGAGAAAGCACGACAAGCAGCCAUGGAGAUUUGUGCAAGUCUCGAUUUCCAGCUUCAGAACUCCCAUGCCAGACUUGGUCAACUAUUCGUUCUCUGGCCAUUGCGAGAAGCUGGGAAGAUAUUAGGUAAUGGCAGUCCUGCGGAACAGUCUCUGCUAGAAAGACAGAAACAGAAAGUAGCUACAGGUCAGGAUUUCUGGGAGAUCGCGAAUUCUGCUUUCGGAAAGUAUGAAUGA